AUGCCGCACCACGUGGCUGGAAUUUGGAAGUCUUCCAAGGCUCUUGCGCGGCGCGACGCUGCCGAGCGGGCCCUACAGCUGUAUGCCAAGGCGGGUGGCGAGACAGCCGGGGAGGAGGACGACACCUCACCGUUGGCGGCCGCAGAUCGGCUGCGGGACGAGCAGCCCUGGCACGUGGCGCUGACUCCAGAAGAUGUGGUGUUCAGCGUCCCCAUCCCGCGCAGGUUCGUAGCUCCGCGGCCUGCGGCGCUCACCGGGCGCGCGCUGGGGUGCCCGCCGCCGGGAGAGCGCGUGCGCCAGCCGCCUCCCGAAGACUCGCUCCCGCGGCCCCUCCUGGCCCUCGACGAGCUGCUGCCCCGGCGCGGCCCCGCGGCGCUGCCGCGCGCACCGCCGGGUGCGGGUGCACCUGCCGGCCUG